GACAAUUUUCGAAAUUAAUUUCUGUUUGACGCUACAUACUUUUUGCAAGCCAAUCGCAAACUCGAGAACCAAGAUCGGAUUGGAAGGGCACCGGAUGGCUACGCUACGGAACCACACCUCCUCGACCGGGGGCAGCCAGGACUCGCCGCAGGACGCGGGCGCCACGCUGGCCAUCGGCUAUGUUCGGGAAUUCAGGGCCCGGGCGGCCGCCUUCCAGACGCAGCGCUCCGAGGAGUCGCUGGUCUACGUGCAGCGCAGCGUGGCCCUGCUGGGCACCAAGGUGCAGCCGGCGCAUUUCGCUCCGGCGCCUGGCAACCUGGAGCUGGCCCGCUUCUACGUCGAUCUGCACGCUCUGAUGGGCGCCCUGGAGAACGAGGCGGCCGAGGGCGAUGUGCUGUGGGCCUGCGUCGGCCUGGUGCAGCACUGCAGCCGGAAUCUGGAGGCCCGCCAGGCGAUCGUCGAGCGCUUCUGCUUCGUGCCGCUGCUGGGCCUGCUAAUCCGGCGGACGCGGCGGGCGGAGCGGGUCUACAGGCUGCUGGUGCUCCUCCAGGACCUCACCUACGGCAUACACAUCGCCUGGGAGGAGCCCUACCUGGCGGCGCUGAUCGAGCAUCUGGUGGAGAUCGUCCUGGGCACGGAAAGCGGCUCUAAUGGAUCGAAUAAUGGAGGAAAUGGCGCCUCCUCCGAUGACGACGACUCGCAUGCUCUGCUCGCCCUGUCCGUGCUGGUGAAUCUCUGCUACAAGAACUUCGCCGUGCUGUUCCUCUUCCUGCGCAGCGUCAACAUAUCGGCGUUCUGCCGGCGCAUCCAGCACUACGGCCUGCUGGCCAACAAGAUGCUGAUCAUCCUCUCGGAGGACGUGUACGCCUUCGAGCUGCAGGAGCUGCACACCUUCCUGCGCGUGUCCUUUGCCGGCAUCGAGGACUGCCUGAAGCACUGGAACGUCGCCCAGCUGCGGCACAUCGUGGACUUCCUGCUGGACUCGCAGUGCCAUGCCGGCCUCCAUCGGGCGAUGCUGUCGCAUAGUCACUUCUGCGAGGACGUGGAGAAGCUGCUGGACCAAAUUGACGCGCGCAGUGGGAUGGACGACUCGCAGGAGGAGACGCGCAAGCACCAGCAGAUCUGCCUGGGCCUCGUCUUCCGCCUGAUCAGCUACGUGCUGCAGCUCUCCGAGGACGGCAGCAGCUCCAUCAGCCUGGACGCCAUCACGCCGCGCCUCUACGAGCUGCUGGGCGACUGGCUGGCCUCCGAUCUGUGCGGCGUGGCGGCCAUCGAGCUGCUCUGCACCCUGCUGCGCCUGGGCAAGCGUGCGGCGGUGGCCCAGAUGAUUGCCCGCGAUCCCUCGCAUGUCGUCGGUUUGGUGGCCAGUGCCGAGCGAUCGGAGACCAAGCCUGCCCAGGUUUUGGCCACCCUGCGCCUGCUGAUCGUCCUGCUGCAGGAGACCAAGACCGAGAAGCUGGUGCUGUCCAAGAUCUCCGAGUCGUACUUCGACAAGAUUCUGGCCGCGCCGCUGUCGCUCGUUCCCCAGUUCCUCGGCACCCAGAGCCUGGCGCAGAGCGAGGUGGAGAAGGCCUGCUUCUGCCUGCUGCUGCUGGUCAACGUGGCCGGGAUCGCCAAGAAGGCGUAUUUGGACAAGUGCUGCGCGCUGAUGGAGCAGCCCCAGCUGCAGUACUGCCUGGCACGCGGCAUGGUCAGCCGGAGUGAGCCGCUGGUGGCGGCCGUCCUGCAGAUUGCCCAGUUCGAGGACUUUCCCAAGGCAGCCGUGGCCAAGCACGUGGCUGCUAUUAGCAGUGGUCCCAGCGGCACUCCGGCCGCAGUCUGCAGCGAUCAGGCCGAGCAGUGGCGAAACCUGGGCUCGAUCCUCAAGGGCCACCGCACCUUCACCGACAAGGAAACGGCGCAGCGGGUGAACGCCCUGCUCGACAGCAUCGGCGGCAUCGUGCGCCGCAACGAACUGGCCUCCGCGCCCGUCUCCCAGGUGAUCGAGCUGUACAACCAUCGCAUCGACAGCCUCAACGGCGCCGUUCUGGGGCUGCAGCAGCGCCUGGAGCAGGCGGGAAAGCAGCUGGUCAGCGGCACGCAGCUCGCCCACGUUCAGAGCGCCGAACUGGAGCGCUUCCAGGCCACCAACUUCGAGCUGCUCAUCAGCCAGGAGCGGCUGCAGACGCAGUGCAAGGAUCUCAAGCAGCAGACGGUCGAGCUGAAGAGCAACAUGACUAACCUGCUGAAGCAGAUGUCCGAGAACUCCGUCCACCUGCAGGCCAACGAGCGGCGGCUGCUGGUCAAGAAGUCGGAGAUCGCGGAGCUGCAGAAGGAGUGCGAGGAGCUGCGCACGAGCCUGGCCGCCAAGAGCGAGGAGCUGACCAAGCUGGAGGCCCACAACAAGGAGAAUACCUCUCGCAUCGACAAGCUCAAGAAGUCGAUGGUGGCCUACGAGCAGGACAUGAAGGAGAAGCUGCGCACCAUCGAGGAGCGCGAACGGGAGCUGGCCAAGACGCACAAGGCGCUGGAGGAGCAGCGGGAGGCGUGCAAGAAGUCCGAGGACCUCGUCUCCGUUUUAGAGACGCAGCUGCAGGAGCGCAAGGACCAGAUCGAGCACCUCGAGAUGGAGCAAAAGGAGACGGAGGACCUGCGCAAGACCAUCAUGAGUUUGAUGGAGAGCAAAAAGCCGAAGCGAAAGGCCUAG